UAGUUGAUUUUACGGAUACACAUUUGGGUCGGGUAUACUAAGGUGAUAGUAUUCGCGAUCAUAGCCACCGUGUAUCCGGAACCUCAAAUUCCGAAUUUAAUACGGAUUUUAACCGAACUGCAACCGGUGUCGUAGUAUCACUCAGGAAGCAAAAAUCGAUGACCAUGAAGCAGAUAUUGGUAUUACUUUGCGGCCUGGUGUGUGUAUUUGCAGAUACACCUGCAAAUUGUACCUAUGAAGAUAUUGAAGGAAAAUGGAUUUUCCAGAUUGGGAAGAUGGGAUAUGACAAUACAGUCAACUGCAGUGGUUUUCCUUCAGUGUUCAAUCCUGCUGAGAGCCAGCUCACAGUGAGUUUGCAUUUCCCCAAUCUUGCUAUAGACCAGUUUGGUAAUCGUGGAUUCUGGACCUUAGUCUAUAAUCAGGGAUUUGAGGUUGUUAUUGGUGGGAGAAAGUUCUUUGCCUUCUCUAUGUACAAGCAGUCAGGAUCAACAGUGGAGAGCAUAUGUGAUAAGACGAUGCCUGGAUGGUCACAUGAUGUGUUGGGAAGAAACUGGGCUUGCUAUUCUGGAAUGAAGCAGGAGCAGAAUCCUGUCAAAAAAGUUAGCAAAACUAAUUUGACCACAGCGUUGAAGUAUGUACCAAAUGCAACAUUCUUGACUGAUAUUAAACGCAACCAAAAGUUUAGGUCAGAUUCAAGAUUUGUGACUGCAAUCAAUCGCCAGCAAAGCUCAUGGACAGCGGUCAAGUAUCCCGGGUAUGAGAAUAUGGAAAUUGAAGAUUUAAUUAAGAGAGCUGGUGGACGAAAGUCUAAAAUUCCAAAUAUCCCGAAACCAGCACCUGUGUCUGCGAAGCAUAAACGUCUAGCUGCCAGUCUGCCCGUAGAAUUUGACUGGAGGAAAAUGAAUGGUAUUAACUACGUGUCUCCCGUACGAAAUCAAGGCUCCUGUGGAAGCUGCUUUGCAUUCAGUGCUAUGGGAAUGAACGAGGCCCGCUGGAGGGUAAUGUCAAAUAAUACAGCCCAGCCAGUGUUCUCACCACAAGAUAUUGUAGAAUGUAGCGAAUAUUCACAGGGCUGCGAAGGAGGCUUUCCAUAUUUGAUAGGUGGAAAGUAUGCAGAAGAUUUUGGUUUGGUACUUGAAGACUGCAAUCCAUACAAGGGAAAGGAUGGUGCAUGCUCUACCAAGAAAGAUUGUCCGAGGAUGUAUUCUACAAGAUACGAGUAUAUCGGAGGAUUCUAUGGAGCGUGUAAUGAAGCCUUGAUGAAGAUUGAACUUGUCAAGAAUGGACCAAUGGCAGUUGCUUUUGAAGUUUAUAAUGACUUCUUUCACUACAAGUCUGGCAUAUACCAUCACACGGGACUUUUGGAUAGGUUCAACCCGUUUGAAAUAACAAACCACGCAGUUUUACUGGUGGGUUACGGAACCGACACGAACAGUCCAAAUGGGCCAGAGGAUUAUUGGAUCGUUAAAAAUAGCUGGGGUGAAAGCUGGGGCGAGGAUGGCUAUUUCCGUAUCCGACGUGGAGUAGACGAGUGCAGUAUUGAGAGUAUCGCCGUUCAGUCAUUCCCAAUAAUGUAAAUUUGAAGGCAGUUAUAAUAUGUUCUAAAAUAGGAAGUACCUUUAAAUCCUUCAUUUCCAGCUCGAAGACACUUGAAAAUAACUUUUCUUAAUAAUAGUGUCAAACAAAAUUGCUUGUGUUAAGAAUUAGGUAUGUAUAUAGAAUGCAAUGCUCAUUCCCAUAUAUCAAACGUCUGCCAUUGUUCUCUGGUAGAAUAUCAAGCAGGAAUCAAAUAUUUAUUGGUUGAAACUGUCAAAAUAAAUCAAAGGCUUGUCUCGAAAGGAACAUUUAAUUGAUAAGAAUAAUAAAACUACACUUCUAUAAUCUGAAAUUGAUUAGUUAUUUGCUAACUGUGAAUAGUUUUGAGGAAUUUGGACAUAAUAUUUACAAACUGUCAGCUUGUUAAACACACUAGAUGGUGCAUAUUUAUGCAGAUAUAAAUUGGUCUCUUUAAUGUACUAAGACUUUUGUUGUGCCAUUUUAACUCUAAGGUUCGUAGAUGUGUUAACAUGUAUUUAUACUAUUAUAUUUUUAUAUUACAUCUUUAUAUGUUUAAAUUGUAGGCAAGUGUUUCCUUUUUCAACCAAAGGUUGACAGUGAUGAUUGUUAUUAUAUUUGAUUGUAUAUGUAUAUUUGUGAUUUUUGAACUGUGAAAUAAUUUAUAUAUUUACUCAUUAUAGCUAUUGGAUAUCACGUGCUAAUAUUUUCAGUAAAAUGUAUACUUGUGCUUUAAUACAGAAAUAAAAUUAUAUUUUUCAGGAAAAAAAA